AUGACUACAGCACAUAGACCAACUUUCGAUCCGGCUCGAGGCAAGGAGGCUCUGAGAGGCCCCGCCUACCACCAGCGUCUUCUCCCCGCACAUACGUUCCUCAAAACCAGACAACCUGGCCAAGGUGGUGAUGCGGACGAGAAGCGCGAUCUGAGAGCCGAGCUCCUGAAAGCCGAGGCCGCGAAUUUUGCCAAGAAGGGUAUUUCCCAAGAUAAAUCCGCGCCAUCUACAACUGCGCUCGAUCCAUCUUUGCCGAAACGCCAGCUAGAGAAUGGGCCAAGCGAAUAUGAAAAUGGAGAAACAGAGGACCCGGAAGCUAAGAGACGGCGGAUAUUAGAGGAAACACGGGAUAUAGAUGCGGAUUCAGCCGGUUCAGAGAGUGAUAGUAGUGAAGACGAGAGUGAUGAUGACGAAGAUGAGACUGCGGAGCUAAUGCGGGAAUUGGAAAAGAUUAAGAGGGAACGGGCUGAGCAGAAGGCGAAAGAGGAGCAAGAGAGAGAAGCUCAGGAGAAGGAGAAACGCGAGGUCGAUAUUGCACGAGGCAACCCGCUACUCAACCCUCAGGAUUUCAGUGUUAAGCGGCGAUGGGACGAUGAUGUUGUCUUUAAAAACCAAGCCCGCGGUACGGAGAAUAGAGGCAAAAAGGAAUUUGUUAAUGAUUUAUUGCGAUCUGAUUUCCAUAAACGCUUCAUGUCUAAAUACGUGAAGUAACCUUCAUUUCGGCAACAUUGGAACCCACUUAACUGUACAUAUAUGAAUGAUACGAACAGGCGCAAUCCAAUGCGGACAUUCUUUUCCCCUGCGCUCUUAGAGCCAUUCCCAUGCUAUAUCCUGCGGCGUCGCAAAAUGGGAAUUGGUGACCAAUCAGCCCCCAAGGUCGUUUAUGUCCGCAUCUUUGAGUUAAUGAGACAUUAAAUCAUUCUGCACCAGGCCCACCAAGCACGGUGCGUACGGCACAGAUCUGGAAUCAUUCGAAAGAUUACUAGCUCAUUGCAAUCUCAAAUACAGGGCUGUGAAAGCUGCGCUUGGAAGUCUGGAGUGAAGUGGUUGGCAAAUCACACAAAAUGGUUUAGAGCCGUGAGAUUUUAUGUGUUGUUAUUUUAUAGAUCCAUAGCUACUACAUACCAAGAGCGUAAUUAUACUUUCCAUUUCCAAUCGU